AUAUGCGAUAUCUAUGCCAAUUUGUAGGUAGUACGUGAUUUGUAUUUGGCCAACGUUUUUAUCUGUGAAUAACGAUAUCGCUGUCUUCGGAGUAUGUAGCAUUGUAAUGGCUAAUGGCUAUUAAUCACGAUUUAAGAUAUACUAUGGUAUACUACUAAGGUAUAUCUUAAAUUGUAGUAUUAAUAUUUUUCAAAUCGCGAUUACUUUAUAGUAUAUCAUUAUAUUGUUCGGAAGUUCAACCAUUCGUCAAGUUUUCAAUAGCUCAUAUUCCACUUAACGUGACUAUUAAUUAAUUAAAGACAUCUAAAAUGAAUAGAUCUAAAGUAAAACAAAUUUGUACAAACAGUAUUGAACAUUUUAAAGAUUUGAAAAAUUGUUAUUUGUGUGAUACUAUAAAUCUAACUCAUGAACAUAGCAAUAUAAUGUUACCAUUAUUAAAAACUAUCAAUCAAUGGGAAACUAAAAGACCAGAUCAAAUGAAAAGUAUUCAAUUCUUAUGUUUUGUUUGCAAUUAUAAUUCUAAACAUUUUAAAAAAUGGAAAAUGCACAUUAUGUCAAAAGAGCACAUAGACAAAUGCCACAUUUUAAAUAAAGUGUGUUCAUAUUUCUGUAAAGCUUGUAAAACAUUAUUCUAUGGCCCAGAAAAGCUUAUACAACAACACCAAAAGAAUGUGCAUGGUGGCCAAAAUAAUUUAUCUGGUAUAUCAAUAUUAAUGUCUGAAUUAAUGAGUUGUUUGAAUAGUCAUUCAAUGCACAUUUAUUUUUGUGCCCAAUGUAAUAUCGUUUCAGAAAAACCAAUUCAUAUUUCUGCGGAAUAUCAUAAAAAUCAAACAUUGUAUGAUUGUAAAUAUUGUAACGCCACAUUUUUAUGUAAUAAAAAACAAUUAAAUUUUCAUGAAGCAAGUGUAGAACAUUUAACAUUUAAAUGUAUUUAUUCAAUAAAGAAAGCUAUUGAAGUAAAUAGUUUAAAACUACAAAAGCAAGACACAAUAACAAAAACUACACAUGAUUCUCGUACACAAAUAAAAUCAUUAAAAUUACCAUUAAUUAUAUUGGAUAGAUUUCAGAUAACUUCAGAAUCAAUGGCAAAAUGUAAUUUUUGUAAUGUUAAUGUUAACUGGAGUAUUCAGGGAAUAGUCAAACAUAUAAGUUUAUGUUUAAAUAAAGGUAAUUUGGCACCAGAAAUACACGAAAUGUUGAUUACAGCUUAUGAUUGUAAAGUAUGUAAUUUUUAUACAAAUUUGUUUUUUAACUAUAAGCUUCAUGUCAUUUCACCUAAACAUCUCACAAGUUGUCAUGCAGGUGAUGAUUUCUAUUCAUAUUUUUGUACUAUUUGCAAUUUAUACAUUUAUGGUUCCAAAAUUCAAAUUAACAAUCAUUUGAAAAAAAAACAUAAAACAAAAAUUACUGACUUGCCUUUCUUAUCUAAAGUUUUAAAAGAUAAUUAUAAAUACAUAAGCAAUCAUUCUGGGUCUGACUUUAUAGACUAUUACAGUGAUCAACAAUCCUGCGAAAAAGAUUUUUUUCCGGUUCAAUGUAAUGCGUGUAAAAUUUCUUUCUGCAUGAGUAAUUAUGAAUAUAAAUUGCAUGAGAUUUCUAGUGAACAUGUCAUUUUAAAAUAUUUUACACCAAAAAAUCCUUCUUUAAUUAUGAAACAUAAUUUUAAAUAUGAACAUUUACAAACAACAUCUACUACAAAUGCAAAUUUUAUUAAAUACAAAGAAGCUUUAAAUAAUAAAUGUUUGUCUUCAACUAAAACUGAUAAUAGCAACUUAGAAGAAAUUUCUUUGAAUAAAGGUUGCACAAAUAUUAAAAAAAAAAAAUUGCCAGUGAGCAGUACCGUUUUAGAAAACAAUAAACUGUUCAAAAAUUGUUAUGAAGGCAAAUCACAUUCAGCAAUUUCAUCUACUAAUACCAAUCCUAACAUACAACAAAAUGUAUACAUGAUUGAUGAUGAUGAUGAUGACAAUGCCAUGAGUAUGGCAGAUUUAAAUUCUACUGAGGAAAUUAUUUUAACAGAUCAUGGAGCCUUGAAUAAUGUAAAUGUAUCAAUGAGUUCUGAUGAUCUGACCCAGAAAAAUAUAAUAUAUAAUAAAUUUGAAAAUAAAGUGAUAAGUCAAGAAUUACUUUUAGAAAAUUUUAAAAGUAUUGAUCAUACCAAGAAACAAAAAAAUAUUCAGCCUACCAAAUCACAGUCCAAUAUUAAGACACCGUACAAGCAACUACACCCAACAGACGCAGAUCAAGCAUAUGGGCAGUAUGUUAUAGAAAGACUUAGAAAUAUACACAAUUUAUCUAUUAAAAAUGAUAUAAAAAUUGAAAUAGAUGCUCUAUUUUGUACCUAUAAGUUAUAACG